GUGCGCAACGGAGGCGUCUUUGCUGCCCCUUCCGGGACGCUCACGGUGGUCACCGCUGACCAUUUAAUUUUUUACAAAAGUUUUUGAGUGCCCUUAACUUUGAUGAACUCUUUCGUCGUUGGACAUUAAUUUCAAGAAGACAACUAAAUAUUUUGGGGAGAUUUGAGAUAUUUAGUGUGAAUAUUUGAAUGUAAUUAAGAGUCUUAGAGAUUAGAGAUUGGUUAGGUAGAACAGUAAUAUAUUACAAAGGACUUUCAAGUUAUAUUUCCUUCUCUGACUUCUGGAAAGACUAUAGUGAUAGAAAAAUUGAGUUUAAUUAGUGUCAUAGAGUUUUAUUAAGAAGUUGUUGACUGUAUGCAAUUUCUUUAUUUGCUUUCUCAAUUAUCAAAUAAUGCUGGAAUUAGGACUGUGGAGGAAAUGUUUGUGGUUUUUUUUUUUUUUUUUUGAGAGACAGUCUUGCUCUGUUGCCUAGGCCGGAGUGCAGUGGCGUGAUCGUGGCUCACUGCAGCCUUGACCACUUGAGCUCAAGGAAUUCUCCCACCUCAGCCUCCUAAGUAGCUGGGACCACGGGCACGCACCACCAUGCCUGGCUAAUUUUUUAAAAUUAUUUGUGGAGAUGAAGUUUUGCUGUGUUGCCCAGGUUGGUCUCGAACUCUUGGGCUGAAGCAGUCUCCCAUCUCACCUCUAAAAGUGCUGAGGUUACAGGCAUGUGCCACUGUGCCCAGCUGGAUAUUUCUUAAAUGAGUAUUUUUGGCUUCUAGUAACCUCCUUUAACAGAUAUAAAUGGGAAUCUGGAGUAUGUUUAGUUUUCUGGUCUUCACCUUGUUCUGUUGUGGUAUUUUUGUUUGUGAAUUACCUUGGGGCAGUUUGGAAGUAUGUUUGGAAGUAAUGAGGCUUAGAUCAGUGUAGAAAGAAAAAUAAGGUAACCUUGAAGUACUUUGCUAGAGGUGAGCCAUUAGUAUUUUUUGUACUAUACCUUUAUUAUGGCACUUGUUUAGUUUUCUAUUUGCUAUUUGCAUGUCUGUUUCCGUCAGUACUUUUAAACUUAUUUAGAAAAGGGACCGUAUUUUACUUUUGUUUCAGUUACAGCACAACCUGACACAUAUAUUCGUUGCAUGUAGUAUAUGCUCAAUAAAUAUUUGCUGAAUUUCAACAUUUAGUAUUUUAGUUGAAUGGUUUAAUUUUUGAUUACCUAUAUAUUGGAAGGUGGUCAUCUUUUCUUACUAUUUUUUUUUUUUUUUUUUUUUUGUGGAGUCUCGCUCUGUCACCCAGGCUGGAGUGCAGUGGCGCGAUCUUGGCUCACUGCAACCUCCGCCUCCCAAAUUCAACCAAUUCUCCUGCCUCAGCCUCCCGAGUAGCUGGGAUUACAGGCAUGCACUGCCAUACCCGGCUAAUUUAUUUUUUUUAUUUUUUAUUUUUAUUUUUGUAUUUUUAGUAGAGACGGGGUUUCACCAUGUUGGUCAGGCCUGUCCCGAACUCCUGACCUCAAAUGAUCCGUCCACCUCAGCCUCCCAAAGUGCUGGGAUUGUAGGCAUGAGCCACCGUGCCUGGCCGGAAGGGGGUCAUCUUUAAAACAUGGAGGCUUCUGUGACUAUGGGAAGUAAGUAGGAAAAUGGAGGCUUCUGUGAUUAUGGGAAGUAAGUAGGAAAAUGGAGGCUUCUGUGAUUAUGGGAAGUAAGUAGGAAAAUGGAAGCUUCUGUGAUUAUGGGAAGUAAGUAGGAAAUUGGAGGCUUCUGUGAUUAUGGGAAGUAAGUAGGAAAUUGGAGGCUUCUGUGAUUAUGGGAAGUAAGUAGGAAAUUGAGGCUUCUGUGAUUAUGGGAAGUAAGUAGGAAAAUGGAAGCUUCUGUGAUUAUGGGAAGUAAGGAAAAUGGAAGCUUCUGUGAUUAUGGGAAGUAAGUAGGAAAUUGGAGGCUUCUGUGAUUAUGGGAAGUAAGUAGGAAAUUGGAGGCGUCUGUGAUUAUGGGAAGUAAGUAGGAAAAUGGAGGCUUCUGUGAUUAUGGGAAAUGAUAUCAUCAAAUUGAAUCGAAAGGAAGGGAAGAAGCAGAAUUUUCCAAGACUAAAUAGAAGACUCCUCCAGCAAAGUGGUGCCCAGCAAUUCAGGAUGAGAGUGCGAUGGGGAAUCCAACAGAAUUCUGGUUUUGGUAAGACUAGUCUGAAUCGUAGAGGAAGAGUAAUGCCUGGAAAGAGACGUCCUAAUGGGGUUAUCACUGGCCUUGCAGCUAGGAAAACAACUGGAAUUCGAAAAGGAAUUAGUCCUAUGAAUCGUCCACCUCUAAGUGACAAGAAUAUAGAACAAUAUUUUCCAGUGUUAAAAAGGAAGGCAAAUCUUCUGAGACAAAAUGAAGGGCAGAGGAAACCAGUAGCAGUUCUCAAGAGACCUAACCAGCUAAGCAGAAAAAAUAACAUUCCAGCUAAUUUUACCAGGAGUGGAAAUAAAUUAAAUCAUCAGAAAGAUACUCGUCAGGCAACUUUUCUUUUCAGAAGAGGCCUGAAGGUUCAGGCCCAGUUGAAUACAGAACAACUGCUAGACGAUGUAGUAGCAAAGAGAACUCGUCAAUGGCGGACUUCCACUACAAAUGGAGGAAUUUUGACUGUAUCUAUUGACAAUCCUGGAGCAGUGCAAUGCCCAGUAACUCAGAAACCACGAUUAACUCGUACUGCUGUACCUUCAUUUUUAACAAAGCGGGAGCAAAGUGACAUCAAGAAAGUUCCUAAAGGUGUUCCCCUACAGUUUGACAUAAACAGUGUCGGAAAACAGACAGGGAUGACGUUGAAUGAGCGGUUUGGGAUCCUGAAGGAACAAAGAGCCACUCUCACAUACAACAAAGGGGGAAGCCGCUUUGUCACCGUGGGAUAGGUCCCAUGUCAAAGGAACUUUUGAAUGAUGACUCUGAAAAGUUGAAUUGCUUGAAGAGUUCAUCACAGAAAUUCAAGAAACUUUACUUCAAAAUAUUCACAAGGCUAAUAACUCUUAUUUUUAUUUUUGAAGGUUUUUUUUUUAAAUGUAUAAAAUAAUGCCCUGAAAGAAUAAUAGGGAUUAUACCUAUCUGUUCUUAAAGAUUUCAUGGUUGGCUCAGACAGAACAAUCAUCUGUUUGACUUCUUUGGUUCCUCAUGCAGCAGAAGGAAGACAGAAAGAUAGACAUUGAUUAUUUUUAUGAUAGUGGUAUUCAGGAUCUCAUCACCUUUGCCCGUAUUUUAGACUUUGUCACGGUAAAUCUUGGUCUUCAGAAACAUGAGUAGAUCCCUUUGUUGCUGUCACUCACCCUUUAAUAGUGUUGAUGUAGUCAGUACAGUUGCCUUUUCUUCAUUAGAGAUACAAAAAAUUUAUUAGAAUUCCAGUUUUGGGUUUUGAGAUUUAUGGGAAUAUCUAGAACAUGGUUCCUUUUUCAGAUGGUGUAAUCCCCUGGAAUUAUACAGCUUUAGUGCUGAACUUUUAACAAGAAAUGUGGCUCUAGGUACUACUCUCAGUUUAAAAUGUUGGUGUUUAAAGCCUAUAAAUGCAUAUUUACAAGGUUAUCUGAUCGGGCCUUGGAGGAAAAGGUCCAGUUUUAAAAAAUGACAGUUUGUGUUUAAUAAAUGAAGGCAUGAGAGGAAGUAGGUAGCAAGUUGAAGGACAGGUAGUUGAGAUGAAAAACUUCAAAACCCUGGUUAUAGGUGUACUGUUUGGAUUUAGCAUAGUCUUGAGUCUAGUGUCCACAAAGAAUUACUUAAAUGAUAUUUAGAAGAAUUAUAACUAUUACAUAGAAUGGAGUCCCUUGGAUAUUUUGAUAGUAAAAUUAAUAGCCAUAAAGUCCUAGACUUCUUAUUUGAAGUUAAAAUUCCUUAUUUGAAAAGUUGAAAUUUAUGAACUUUGAAGAUUGCUAAAUUAAAUAAUUUAUAGCUCCAAAAACAAAAAUAUACUUGUAUAUGUCACAGACAGAAAAAAUGCAAAAUUUAUAAUAGAGUUACAUUAACCUUGUUUACCUUUCACUGAUUUCUUAUAUGGUAUAAAUUAAAGUUCAGGCAUUUAUGGGGAGAAAAGGCCCUCCCUACCGCCCCGCCACCUGCCACCUCUGACGGAGUGGGAGAAGUUUGUGCCAAGAUAGUACUGAGUCCUCAGAUGUCGUAUACUGUAAAUUACGGUAUAAUGCCAAAUGCAGCAAAAUCUUCCAGCUAUACAUUACAAGUUUGGUCAUUUUGAAGCUUGACAUUUUAGUUUGCCAUUAUGUUAAAAACAUCUAAAUAGGUGUUAGUUUCUCAGGAGUAGAUAGUUAGUGUUGACUUUUCCUGUAAAGCAGACAUCGUUCUUGGCCUGCCCUGCGUUGUAUACUAGACAUCAUUGUUGUCUCUCAUGCUUCUUGAGUUGCUUCAUGGUUUAUGCUCACCAUGGAAAGCUAUCAGUAACAGUUUCAUGCUUAUACCAAAGAAUUAAAUCUGAUCUUUAAUAUCUGAUAUUUUCCUGGUACUUGUACUGAUAAGGGAUUAUUGGAAGUCAGUCACAGAAUUUGAAAAUAAAUUCUAGUCUCUCCUUAGCUAUUUGAUGCUUUUCAUAUAGGCCAAGAACUCAUUGCAAAACAUUUUUGCAAGUAUGAAUGCCUGUAUUUGGUCUAGGAACAGUACAUUUUAGUCUGAUUUAGAAUUACUGGUAGCUUAUUUUAAAGCAAGGAAAAGCAGCUGAGCUCAAGUUUGCUGUCUUUAGAACGGUUUGUGAAAAUAUGGUAUAAAGGUGUUUUCAUUUUCCUGUUCUUACCUAUUAUUGUAUAGAGCUAUUCAUGCCAUUUUUUGGGAAAACCUUAAAAAUUGCCCCAAAUACUGACAUUGAGUGCAUUAAAUAACAAAUUAUCUUUGGUAUAUUAAACUUUUAUUCUUCAUGCAUCUGUAAUUUAAUUUUAAGUAUAAUGUUUUGCCUUUGGUACAACUAAAUUAAAACUCUUGGUGGUCACAUAUUGUAUAUAAACAAAACAAUAUGCUUUGUUGAGGAAAAUUUUCUUUAUUGGAAUGUGGUUGUAAUCCUUGUUCAGUUCUUAAGUUUCGGUUUUUUUAAAAAACAGGAUGCAACUUAAACUUUUCUUUGCAUCAAGGUAUAUGCAAAACAUUGGUGCCGUGCAUCACCAAAUGAAAGUUUGUAUUUAACGAGGAGGUGCUUUACACUGUACUUUUUGGUGUUUUUUGGAAAAGUUACAUUUAGAUCUAUUCUGAAGCUGUUCAUUUUUAACAAAUAAAAUGUUACAGGUUUCACAUGA